UCAAAACUAGAUAAGGUGGCAACCCGGCGGCAAGUCGGAAUAAAAUUGGAAUUACAUUUUAAUAAUUGUAUACUAAAGCACAAACGAUGGCCGCCACCACGAGCGCUCCUGGCAAGACAGAUGUGAUCGACCUGACUAAACUGAGUCCGGACCAGCUGAUGCAGAUCAAGCAGGAGUUCGAGCAGGAGAUGACCAAUAUUCAGGACUCACUGUCGACGCUCCACGUCUGCAAGGGUAAAUACGCUGGCUCCUACGAGGCACUGGAGACGUUCCAGCCCAACUGGGAGAACCGCCAGAUUCUGGUGCCCCUGACCAGCAGUAUGUAUGUGCCAGGACGCGUCAAGGAUCUCAACAACUUUGUCAUAGAUAUCGGCACCGGCUACUACAUCGAAAAGGAUCUGGAUGGCUCCAAGGACUACUUCAAGCGGCGCGUGGAGUACGUGCAGGAGCAGAUCGAGAAAAUCGAAAAGAUCCACCUGCAGAAGACGCGAUUCCUCAACUCUGUGAUUGGUGUGCUGGAAGUGAAGCAGGCGGCCGCCGCCAAGAUGUUGCAGGCCCAGCUCCAACAGCAGUCUCAGCCGGGGACCACCCAGAGCUCCUAGGAACUCGCAGGACGACAGACAGAUAAAGCAUUAAAAUAUUAAACCCAUGAA